CAAGAGGAGUCAAGUUGGACUGUGCAAGGAAACUUGUAACACCUGCAAACUUUACAGUCCCCUGGGAUCUACAGAGCACCAUGCAUUAUAUCAUCCACAGUCAUCCAGUGAGCAUCUGCACCGAAGAACACACUGGCAUACUACACUGUCUACCUGACCAGAGGCCAAGCUUUCUCUACACACAUGGCAGUUUGCACUUUCCUGUGAAGCCAGCCAAACUGGACACCUCCGGCUCCCAAGAAGCAUCCUUCAUUGAGAUCCAUACUGACUUAGUGCCAAGUGAAGACACUGUGCCAUCUCUCCUGAAUGGUUUUGCCAAAGUUUACCAUGUAACAGACAUUGCUGCAACUUAUAGUGAAGCUAAAAACAAGAAAUAUCAAGAUGCCACCACCCUCACAGAUGUUUACAACAAUGGCAGUGUUCCUGAGAUCGAGAUCAUCAGCCUCCUGGCAGAGCCUGUGCCUAACUACACCUUACGAGCUGAUUCGCUGUUCGGGUACGAACAUGAUGACUGGCUGCGCACUCCACUCAUCCCUCCAGAGGUCAACCUUAACCUUACCACUGUGCAGAUAGAGGAGACCUUCAAAUAUAUGUUACUCUGCUCAGAAAGGGUAAGCCGUGUGACAAGAACAUAUCAAGACAUUGAAGCAGUGACACAUCUUUUGGAAGAGAAAGAACGUGAUCUUGAAUUAGCAGCACGCAUUGGGCAGUGCCUGCUGAAACAAAAAGUCUCGCUCGUUGGUAGAAAUGAGUACCUUGAGGAUCAGCUGGAAAAGGCAAAGGAGGAGGUUGCGCAACUAAGGCAUGAAGUGUCCAUGAGAGAGGACCUUCUUCAGCUGUAUGCAAACACUGCAGAAGAGAGUGACUCGUCUUCCAUCUCAACACCCUUAAGGCGCAGUGAAUCUUCUCCAUCUGUACAGGAUCUUAUCCACCUGGAUUUCCUGCAGCAAAAGCUGCAGGGCUUGGAGAAGGAAAACCAGCAGCUCCGAACUGAGGCAACAGAAAUUGAAAAUGAAAUGACUCAGUAUGAGGAGGUGGAGGAACAGCUGAUGUUUGACUGUGUACAGGAACUUGCUGAAGCCCAUGGAAAGGUAGCAGCCCUCUCAGAUGAGCUAACGAGAAAAGUAGAAGAUACAGCACGGCAGCAGGAAGAGAUCAGUCACCUACUCACGCAGGUCGUUAAUCUACAGCAGAAAUGCAAAGCUUGUACUAGAGAAAAUGAAGAACUAAAGCAGCACUUGGAAGCACUUAAAGAAGCUCAUCGUCAGUUAAAAACAGAGUUCACAGACCUUCAAGAAAAAUAUGCAGAAUGUAAGGAAAUGCUUGUUGAAACUCAGGAUGAAAUUAAAAACCUUCGUAACCGAAGCUUACCCAACAGUACCAUCAGCCGCUACAGCUCCCUCAACAUCUUCCCUCUGGACUGCUUGGCAGCUGAAAUUGAAGGCACUAUGCGAAAAGGGAUUGACAGCUUUUCCUCUUCAGAACAUCUAGGCCUCAAGAGAGUUUUUGAGACCGUGAAGGUAGCAAAUCGAGCAGGAAGAUGCAGAUCGGGCUCCCAUUCACCCCAGAGCUUUCCUGGCUCUAGUCCUCCAUCUGAGAUGCUAUCUACCACUCCUAGCCAUGUGAACACUCCACGAUCCAGUUUAUACUGCUCUGAUACCACAAGUACAGAACUGGAUGAUAAGAGCCAGGCCCUUGUAUUUGAGCCUGAAGCUUCGCAAACAGAAGCCCAUGAGAAAAAACGUGGCAUGCCAGGUACACCAGGAAGUCAUGAUUUGAAGGUUGCUUUGCGUCGUCUAGCAGUGAAACAGGAAGGCCAGUUGUCGGACAAAACUUACUUUGAAAUGGAACAAGAGAGAAAACGAAAAAAGCUGUCCAAUGCACCAGAAUUUUCCAGUGGUUUUCUGACCCCGAAUGAGAGUGUUAUUUCAUCUGGAACAAACCUGUCUACUGGAACAAACUACUCUGGGUGCUCUGAACUGACUGGAGGGUCUUCAUUUUCAUUUGGGUCAAGGUCUUAUUUUCCAGACAAACUGCAGAUUGUGAAACCAUUAGAAGGUUCUGCAACCCUGUACCACUGGCAGCAGCUGGCUAAACCAAACCUCGGGGGCAUACUGGACCCUCGUCCAGGAGUACUAACCAAAGAUUUCCAUCAGCUGGAUACUGAUGUAGAGGAGGUAUAUAACCUGAAUGACUUUGAAGAAGAUGAAGUAGACCUAAACUCUUUCAGAAUCCAAGCAACAUCCUCUCCUUUGCAGAACAAACAAAGUUCUCAGGUGUUUCACUCCAGUAACAACCUUCCCCAGACUCAGUCUACCUACACCUUCACAAACUGUCGAAUCCUGCAUCCCAGCAAUUUCACCACUGUCACACCCAGUGGUUAUAAUACAAGUGUGCCCUCUUGUGGGAGCUCUGAGAACAUAAGAUCUACCCGAUUGCAUUUUCAGCGCACAAGACGUUUAUCUGAGUCUUCAACAAAUGCCAGAGAGCAUACCACAACACUGAGCACUUCUCUUGGACUGGUAAAAAUCCUCAAAGAUUGUGGGAUAUCUGCGGCUGUCUACAACCCUACCUACUGUAGCCGGCAUGCAGGUUUAGCACAGUCUGGAGUAACCCUACCUUUUGUGCAAAACUCGGGACUGAGCUUGCAAGGUCCAACCACCCUCCAUUUUGCCUCCGGAUACAGACGUCCAUUUAUUAAGCCAUUUUUAGGCUCUGAUGUGACCCAUUCCAUUCUGAAUGGUGACAAGAACACAAAGGAAACCACACAUCUAAAGGAAGGGCAGACUGAGAGGAGUAUAUUUAGCUUUAAUCUUGUGGAGCAGCUGAAAAAGCUUGGCUUGGACAAAGUUAUCGCAAGAGGCAUAGUCUCUUCUCAGAACACUGCAGGAGCAACAAAGUCAUAGAUAAUAUUAGAGGAUUAGAGGUAAAUUAAAUGGAGGCCCAGCCUGGCAGAUUACAGUUGUACUUCUUAUUUGUCAUCUUCAGGUUUUAAUUAAACAGGACAAACAUAGGUUUGAGUCUGCUGAUGGAGAACUGGUGAGUGAAACUGAGAAUUACUUGUGUACUUAAUCCUGCAGGAUGGAAAAACAACCCAAAUGCUGUUGCAGGCACAAACUGCUUUGCACUUGGCCAACAGCAAAGCAUUAUGUGAAGUAUUGAUGCUGGGCAACAGAAUGCAGAAUAUUAAUAUGAGUUUGUAAAUGACAAUAUAAUUCCUUAUUUCCUCAGAAUAAGCCUGUAACACAUAGCUUCAAAGGGUGCCAGACAUCAUAGGACUCAUCUUAACUAUGUUCAGAACAUGAUGCUUUGAAGAGCAGCAUUCAGAAUUAGAUCUUUUUUUCAUACCUAUGUGGCCAUUUUGGAAAAUAAUUUGUACACAAACUCUUCAUCACAAGGUUUAAAUGCCUUGACUUCUUAGCAAAGGAAGAAAAUGAUAUUUUUGUUGUUUUUAUGGAGUGCUUUAAUCCUUGAUGGUGAAAUAUCCAAGGAGGCUGUUCAUUUUGUCCCUAGGAAGUGUCUGCUGUAAUAUCUUCAUAUCCAGGCAGCAUAGUCCUCCUGUCUCACUUAUACUGCAUCAACUGUUGGCCAUGUAUAUAAUUACACAAUCUCAGAAAGGGAACUGAAAAUAAAAUACAGUCAACAGCAUGGCCAAGCUGGUUACUUGUCUUGGCUUUAGAGUCUACUGAAAUGACUAUUUACCAUUUUAAAAGCUGCACUUAGCACUUUUAUAUCACCCCAGUAAGUUUCAUUGUAAACUGUCAUAUCAGCAUUCCUGUGGGAUUGUAUUACUAUUAAAUUAUUUUUUGUGUGUCCAUGUCAUUGUAUGACGUUCUUGGUACUUGAAAGAUGGGCACUAGUUUUGAUGGUCACUAGUUCUGAACCAUUUGAAGUACCUAAAAUGAACUCCAGAGAUAGAAUUGUGCAAUAAUUCAGGUAUAUGUAUUGGAAAAAGUGUAUUUAACGAAAAAAAAUGUUAAUAAUGCCAAAGUGCUGCUACUGAGUCUGGUUGCAAGAUGUCUGUCACUCCGUCCAUAUGAACUUUGCACUAGGAACUUUGGGAUAGCAAAAAUUUGGUGUAGUAGCCUGUAAUUACAAAUAGGGUCAUUGUAUGAACUUGCUUUUAUUUUCUCCAAGGUGCUUGAGUGCAAAAGUGGGCUGUUGUCCUACUCUGUACUGACUGCCUAUUUUAGUUACCCUCCACUAACCUCCCCCACCAAGAAAAGUUUGUUACUGAUGGCAGGGGAACAGAAAAUUAAUGCCAGUAGAAGAGAAAAGGAGGAACAGAAUAUUUACAGGGGUUCAGUAGUAUGUAAUAUGAAUAAUAAAAAGCUAUUCUACAAAAAUAACAUAAAAUGCAAAGUAAACAUUUUACAGUUUAGCAAGUUCCUUUAAGUGAGUAAGUGAAAUUGUCUAAGGAAAGAAAGGUUAUUGCUGCAGGUAUUUGAAGAAGUUGUGUUGGUAUUACUGCUGCCUUUUUAUAAAAACAGCUUGCCGUGGGUGGAUAAAGAAAUUUACAUGGGAAUGCUUGCACAGGUUACCAGUAUGCUGUUAUUCUUACAAUAUUAAAAAUGUUGCAUGUGCGCACACACUAAAAUUUUGCACAAUUUGUUGCACUGAGCUUUGAAUAAUGACCACUGUCAUUUGAAAUGUUUCAUAGGCACUCGGUGCAUAGAUGCAUUUAGCAUGUCAUCUUAUUUCUUUUUAAAAUGACAGGUAUGAUCAAGUAUGACCAGAUAUUAACUAAUUACAGAUCACUUUCAAGAAUUUCACCUUCUACAGUUUAUGUGAAUAAGUCUUUGAACCUGACUACCCAGCAGAAAGAUAGUCAUUUGCUUCUAGGUAGAGGAAUCCUGUGCAGUUGCCCCACAAUUUUUAAUAGAAAGAGAGUCCUUCUUAAUAACAAAAAAUUAGGUUUUUAAAUGCCGAAUGAUUUUUUUCCAUUGGCAUUGUUGAAUUUUCAUAUUUGAAUAUGAUUCUUGGCUUGUUCUAAAAGGGCCUUCAAAGUCUGGCUUGAAAUCAUGUAAUUGCAAUUCUGUUUACUUGGAUUUAAUUUCAUUACUGUUCUCCUUGUAUCAUCAGUAUGAAAACUGCUGUUCUGUCUGUAAUCUUUCAGAAUAUGACCACAUAACCCGGAAUCUUAAGCAGCUCUAUAGCAUCAGGGAGUAGACAUUUAAUAUAUUUCUUGUUCUUACUCCUUCAGAUCAAUUUUAUUGACCUGAUUAUACCUUUGAAUAAUGUAUUUAAUUUCUUCCCAAUGGGGUAGACCACAUGUCUUUUGACAAUCGACAGUUAACCUACAGUCUGCAAGAAUGUAAAAUCAGUUUAAACUGCUCUAAAGGGUGAGACCAUUUUCUCCAGUCCUUCAGCUUAUGCUUCCAUCUUCAGGAAAGUCUGAUUUCAUAUUAAUAGAGUAAUGGAGUGAAAGUCUCCAGAUUUGUCUCCUGUGUAGUAUUUUCUACUGAUUAGAAUUGAACGCUUUUUUGGGGGGGGACUGAAGGAGCGGUUAGUCUAGUGAGACUAGUGUACAUGUGGUGCUACUGUUUUAAGAUAUUUGUGGUCUCAUGUAGCAUGCCACAUCCUGCUUUGAUGCUGGCUGCAGAGCUCACACAGUAGGGUCGGCUGUAUCUGUUGCCCCACUGUACUUAUCAGCUGGCAUUAGCAGCGAUAUGGGCACUCGCCAGGCAACAUACAUUAAUUAUUCUGCUUCUUUGGUUUGGAAACAUGGAAGAUAACAGACACAAACCACAAAACCGUGACACUGGAUGGGUAAAACGCAUCUAGAACUGUAGAAUCCAAAUGUUUAACGUUAUUGGUGAGCACUUUCAUUCACAAUCAUUUAAUUUCAUCAGAAUCCUCCAUUUUAUUGGUAGAGAUAUAAAGACUGCUGUUUCAGUAGCAGUGAUGUGUGCAACACCUGACCUCACUAAAGAUUUUGGUAACGGCUUCAUUUACUCUCAUAUAUCCAAUACAUGACAUACUUUACCUUUCCUAAUAACUAUUUCAUAGGUGGGAAGGGGCGUUUGGCUUGUCCAGUAGUCGGGGAGGGGGGGGCAACUAAUGCAUGAGAUUAAUAAAAUACACUGGUUGACAGCUUGUCUUAUUUUGUCUGUCUUGUAUAUAUUACCUUGUACAAGUUCUUAUUUUGGUUUGUUGUUGAAGAUAAACUGUAAUGUGGCUGUGAGAGAGUUCAAAUGAAGUGAUGAGUCACUGCUCAUGGUAGAGAACACUGGAAACUGUAACUCAUGUGAGUUUUGCAAAUGUAUUGCAUGUACACUUUAAAAAAUGCUUUCUUUGCAAUAAACACAAACCUUAAAAUGUAA